GAAAUAAAGAGUUGGUUAUGCUUAAAAUGUUGAUCUUUUUUUCUCAUGAAGGAUCUUCCUGCAGAAAAUGUUUCAUUCACAGACUUCAAACUGAUUGGUUUCUACAGUCUAGGAGAAUGGAGACCUUUAUUAUUUUUGCCUUUCUUUCUGAUGUUUUUAUUAGCUAUAACAGCAAAUUCUAUUCUCAUAUAUUUGAUCACCUCUCAAAAGUCUCUGCAUUCUCCUAUGUAUGUACUAAUUGGUCUUAUGGCUGUUGUAGACCUUAUGUUGCCUAUAUUUUUUGUACCUAAUAUGCUUCUAAACUUUUUGUUUAAUUGGACUGGGAUAUCGCUAACUGGUUGCUUGAUACAAAUGUUUAGCCUUCAUUUUGUUGGAACAUUUCAGUCCACUUUGCUUUUGUGGAUGGCACUGGAUCGUUACUUUGCAAUUUGCAAACCUCUUUAUUAUCACAAAUAUAUGGAAAUCCCUAACUUUCUAAAGUUUGUUUUUCUGCCAGUAAUCAGAAAUGUACUCCUGGUUGUCACCACUGUCUCUCUGGCAGGAAAACUGUCAUUUUGUGUAACAGAUAUCAUUGAUCAUUGUUUUUGUGAACACAUGGUAUUGGUUCAGUUAGCAUGUGGAGAUAUAACUAUUAAUAAUUUUGUAGGACUUUUGACUGUUUUCUUUAUCCCAACUGCAGAUUUUAUUCUUAUCAAUAUUUCUUACAUUGUGAUUUUCACCUCUGUGAUCAAGUCUGGCAAAACUAACAUGAAGGCCUUAAACACCUGCAUUACUCACUUCAUUGUUAUGUCAGUUACUUUGACCUUUGCCUUAAUUGCAUUUUUGUCAUACAGAAUAAGAAAUAAUUUUUCUCCUAGUGGUCGUGUGUUUGUGAGCACAAUGUACUUACUUUUUCCAAGUUGUUUUAACCCAAUAAUUUAUGGAGUGAGAACAAAAGAAAUUAGACAAACAUUUAUGAAGUUCAUUAAAAAUGUAAAAGUAUUACCACUGUAA